AUAUUUUAGAAACGUUUUGGAAGCGAGAUUCCGCAAGCUUCCACAAGGUUCCGAUUCCGAUUCCGGUUCCGAAGCGGGAAGCGGACGUCCGAUGAAGCUUCCGUGCAACGUAGCAUACGACAAGAAAAAACAAAAGAGACAGUUUUCUCUCUGUGCCCUCAAACGUAUCAUAUCUCCUUUGUAAGUCCCAACACACGUUUAACAUCACAGGAAAUUCCAGCAAAAGAAAAAAAAACAAAUCUCUUUCUUUUUGGCUUCUGCUUUGUUCUUUUUUGUUAUCUUCAUACACAGUCCCAGAAGUCACAUCCUUUGUGCUGUGUGUAUAACUAUAGAUUUGACUUCGUGAUGUUUAAAGAAAAGAAGUUCAUGGACGAUUUUGAGUUUUUACUUGGUGAUGAUUUGAGAGGACGAACUACUUCGUUCACUGACAUUCAUCAUCUCCCUGUUUUGGGUUUCGGAGUGAUUCCUCCGACUUCUGCCUCCUUGACGUCGAUUUCAAACCCAUUAGUGAACCAACAGUCUCUCAGAAACCUUCUAGAGCUGAAUACAUUUGAUCUUGGUUUGUGUCAGAAUCUCAGUAAACUGGAUAGGAUUUCUCUCAAAUUACAAUGUAAAAUGAUAUAAAGUAAGAUGGUAUUCUACCUUGAUGGAGUACGGUUAGGACUCCAUAUGCGAUUGGACGUUUAUCUUAUGUACAAUUUUUCUAUUUCUUUUAUACACUCAUUGCUAUUUGCGGCUGUUUCAUAUGGCAUUACUUCAGUGUUUAUCAACAAAGCUGGGAAAAAUUAAAUUAAAUCACUCAGAAACUGGAUGAAAAGAGAAAACAUAGAAAAUUAACAUCAAAGUCAACAAGACAAUUAUAUCAACAGAAACAGAGAUAUCUUUCUAUCAGCAAAAAUAUUGUAUGAUAUACAAUUCGGACGUAGGGCAAAUAACUUACUCCAUUUUUAAAUAGUUGAUGCUUCAGAGAAUAUUUCUGUUUCAGACUAGUUGACGAUUUAAAUUCUUAAAGUAUAAUAACAAUUUAUGUUGCUUUUGCAGUUCAAAAAAAAAAAAAAUUUAUGUUAAAUAACCAAAUGAUAUUAGAAAUGGUCUCAAGUUUUUCUUCCCAUGUCUAGUCCCCUAAUAAAAAAAAUGACUCAAAUAUGUUUUAUUGAAUGAUAAAUACACUCUUACACCCGUAUGAUUCUUAUACUUUGGGUUUAAAGUUAAAGAUGAUGCUUUAGGGUGGGGUUUAAAUUUUUUAAAAUAGAAAAUAAAUAUUGAAAAUUUAAAAAUAAAAAUUUUAAAAUAGUUUCAAAAAAUAUUUUCGAAUUUUAAAAAAGGAAACUUGAGAAAAAAAAAUUGGAAAAAAAAGAAUUCAAAUUUUUUUUAUGAAAAAGUUUGAAUUUGAAAAUAUAUAACCCAAAAUUAUAAAAAGAUUAUUUUUGUAUUUUAUUUAAUAGAUUAUUUAUAUAUAUAUAAAUUAAUGGAUAGAAAGGUCUUUUGUCUAUUUAGUAAAACCAAUUUUGGUCAUUUUUUCUUUUUAAUUUUUUUGUGAAAAAAAAUUAACAUGAUUGUUUUAGAGAUUUUCCUCUUUUAUGCAGUCUAUUUAGUAUUGGUCAAAUUUUGAGUAGAAGUAAUGAUUUUUUUUCCUUUGAAAAAGAGUAGAUAUAAUGAUGUUUUGCUUAGAAAACGUAAAAAAAUUAAAUGUUUUCUUAAUCUGUGUGCAUAUCUGUAAAACAACAUUUAUCAAAAACACAGUAGGAAUGAUAUAUAGUAAAAUCCAUAAACAAAUUUAAAUCUAUAAACAAAAGAAACGGAUGAAUGAUCUUUUUCUUUUUAGAAAAACAUAUUUAAUUUUCUUUUAUCACUCUUCAACUCUUUUCUUCCAAGCGCUUGUACAACAAGACGCCGUCUCUCUCUUAACCAUACGACAAAAACUAAAAGAGACAGUCUUCUCUCCGUAAAAGCUAAAACUCAGAAAAUUCCAGCAAAAGAACAAAAAGAAGCAAAAUCUCUUUCUUUCUUUUUGGCUUCUGCUUUGUUCUUUUUUUGUUAUCUUCUUACAUAUAACUAAAGAUUUGAUGUUUGAAGAAAAGAAGAAGUUCAUGGACGAUUUCGAGUUCUUACCUGAUGAGUUGAGAGGACGAACUUCGUACAGUACUGACGUUCAGGGAGCUCCUCCGACUUGUGCCUCUGCACCCUCCUCCUCCUUGACGUCGAUUUCAAACCCAUUCGUGAACCAACCGUCUCGUUUGUGUCAGAAUCUCAGUAAAAUGGGUAUCUCCGACGAUGAAGAAAGGAGCAUUUUCACCGCAUCCCAUCCUCCUUUUCUUGACAAUCUUCAUGGAUGUUCCAGAUUCGUGAGAAGACUUGGUGUUUCUUCUCAUCGUCAAAGUCUAACGCAGAGCUCUCACGGUGACAACAGUCUCAUGCUUGGAUUGCUUGCUCCGGAAGACUACUACCCUAACCACCACAUAGGAGGCUUUGCAGAGAACACGUCACGUCGAAACAGAGAUUACUACCACCUCUUCGAGGAGCAGCAACAAAACCCACGACGACACAUUUCUAAAUGCAUGAAGGAAGCUUUGUCUCCAGAUCUUGUGUCCGUGCUUGGAAUCUACGGAUCUGUCUACCUAACAGCAAAAGAUCAGAUGGGUUGUCGGUUUUUACAGAAACUGAUGGAAGAAAGAAGCUUUCUUGAUGUCAUGGUUAUAUUCAGAGGAUUGAUAAAUCAUGUCAUCGAACUUGGAAUGGAUCAGUUUGGGAAUUUUCUCAUACAAAAGCUUAUCCUAAUCUCCAACGAAGAACAGAGAACAAAAAUCCUCAUCAACCUGACCUCCACACCUGCCUUGCUUAUCGAAAUCUCCCUCCACAACUAUGGGACAAGAGUUGUGCAGAAGCUGAUUGAGACAGUGAGAACAAAGACAGAAAUCAAUCUGGUUACGUUAGCUCUUAAACCGGGUUUGCUCUCUCUGGUUAGAGAUUUAAAUGGAAAUCAUAUUAUUCAAAGUUGCUUAAAAUUCCUUUCCCCUGAAGAUAACAAGUUCAUUUUGGAGGGUGCUACGAGGUUCUGUGUCACAAUUGCAACUCAUAAACAUGGAUGUUGUGUGCUGCAACACUGCGUUAAAUACUCAGUUGGUGCGGAACGUGAGAAUCUCAUUGCUGAAAUAGCCAGAAACUCUCUCCACCUUGCACAAGACCCUUUUGGGAACUAUGUGGUGCAGUACAUAAUAGAGCAGAACUUAGGGGGAGUAAAUGUAAUGUUUGAGUUAAAAGGGAACUAUGUGAAAUUGGCUACACAGAAGUUUAGUAGUCAUGUAGUGGAGAAAUGUCUUAUACAUUAUCCAGAGAGUAGAUCCCAGAUUGUCCGCGAGCUCGUCUCUGUUCCAAACUUCGAGCGUCUUCUUCAGGACCCUUUUGCUAAUUACGUUAUCCAGUCCGCUCUAUCUAAAACUAAGGGCUAUGUUCGGGCGAGCUUGGUGGAUAAAGUACGAACAUUUGGAAACCUUAAGAUGAAUCCAUAUUGCAAGAGGAUAUUCUCCAAUAGCCGCCACUUGAGGAAGUGAUAACCCCUCAUGCAAGAAAAGUAUUGUUGUUUUGCUGAAGAUGUAGGACUUGACACUAUGAUCCAUACAAGACAGAAGAUCCCCCUUUGUUGUCUCUUGUCUUUUUUGGAUGUUGUUUAUCGUCUAGUAUUGAAACUGAUCUAACGAGUCAUGUUUUUAUGUGGUUACAUUUUCCUCCCUGAGUUAAAUUGUGUUUUUGAAAUAGAAUGAGAUGGAAAUUUAGACUUAAUAGAGGUUUUUAUGAUUAGGUUUUGGUUUGGUAUCUUUGGUUUUCAAUUUUAUGGGGUUACCGCAAAAAUGAAAUCAAAGACAAAUUAUCUAUAAUUUGGUUUUGUUCGGUUUGAUGUAGUUUGGUAUCUUUUUAGUUUAACAUGUAGUUAACUAAAACAUAUAAACGAGAUUUUACUGAGUUCAUGCUUCAAACUUAAAGCCUUAAUCUUGCAAGGGUUUUUAAUUCAAAAAAUGCACUAUAUUACUAACUUUAUAGUAAACAUUACAAACUACCAUCCAAAACUUGUUAAUCAAGUACACAACUCGUCUCUCCUCACCAACCUCUGAAUCUUGUCUCCCUGCGUUUCCUUUUAUGCCAAAACCGAGCUCUAAAACGCAGGGCAACAGAGUUCUUCUUUAGGCAAAGCACGUGACGUAUGCGUGCCACUUGAAUUGUGGAAACUGGGCUCCCAUGGCCUUAUUUGAGUAAGCAUAUCCGUUAAAUCCUCAAGAUAAACUAAAUAGUCUCCUUUGUCUUUCAUUUUAAUUUUCAAAGAAAAUUUUGAUUUUCCAUCAGUUUUUUUUUCCUUUUCCAAUAGAUUAUUAUUAUAUUAAAAUUUUUUGAAAACAGAAAUAUUGAAAUGCAAAUCUCAAUAAUAUGAGGAAAGAAGUUUUUAUAAAUCACAAAAUAACAAUUAUUAAACCUGAACAUAUUAAAUUAUCAUUAAUGAAAAAAUAUAUUUUUUAAUUUUACAAAAUUUAUUUAUUUAACGUAAAAUUUUAUUUUAAAAUAAAAGUAUUUAUUUAUUAAAAGUAAAUAAAAAAUAUUUUAAAAACUACAAACUUUUCAC